CAUCUCAGCGUCGCCCCCUCCCUAAGCUGGCCGAAGGGUCGUGGCCGACGCACCCACUGCGCACGCUCAGCAACCCCACGUCCUCGCGCUCGCAGGCGUCACCGGCGUAAACGUCUCUCACGCUCGCUCUCGGCCGGCGUCGACGUGCGUGGGCAGACUGCGCAUGCUCGCGAAGGGAGCGCUCGUUAGAGGCGGCUUCUCGAUCUGCCGCAGCUUUAGUUAUGGCUUCCAGUGUAGGUAGUUGUCGCGUUCCAAACGGGCAGGACUGAUUCUGUGGAGCCGCGAAGGGCCUACCUUGACCGAGGGACGUAACGCAAUUUACUGCGGGCAGUGUUUGAAGAUGGCGCAGAGCAAUGUGUCCCUGUCUGCCGGCGAUCAAGGGAACAGAGUGGCCUACCGCGCUUCCUACGGCGACCUCACCCGGUCGGCCUCGGCGCUCGCGAUGGUCUCCGGAGACAGCUUCCUAGUUGCCAGGCCUGAGGCGAUUCAUCUGGGACCUCGGGAGGCGGUGCGACUGAGCGUUCGAGCCGAGAGUCGUCGACUGACUGCUGGCGGCCGGAGCCUGACCCGCUUUAUAAAGGGGAGGGAACCAGAUAGUCGGAAUCGAAGCCGCCAAGCCAGAUUCUCGCCUUACCCAGUGCCUGGGGUUAAACUCGAUCUCCUAAGAAGUGUGCUCCAACAGCGUUUGAUUGCAUUAGGAGGUGUCAUCGCAGCUCGCAUUUCAGUUUAAAAGGAAUGCUCUCUCUCCGCCCCUCAAUUAGCUUGUGAACAAGGCCUUUCUAAAAAUCC